AUGUCUUCGUCACGGUUCACCUUCUCUGUCACCCUACUAACAUCUUCUCUCCUUCUCCAUACCACUUUUGGAUCAGGCCCUCUCUUCCAUUUUUGUUCAAGCUCUGGGAACUUCACCGCCAACGACCCUUAUGAAUCAAACCUAAGAAAGCUCAUGGGCAAUCUUUAUACCCAAACACCUCCCCAUGGUUUUGGCCUUGAGUCAGUGGGUCAGGAUCCGUACAGAACUUAUGGGCUUGCUCUUUGUCGUGGUGACGUUGAAGGCAGAGACUGCAGGAACUGCUUUCAUGACGCAAGCAACGAAAUUCUAAAAAGCUGCCCAAACAGUAAGGGUGCAAUAAUAUGGUAUGAUAAUUGUCUUCUCAAGUACAACAAUAGAGAUUUCCAUGGCCAAAUUGAUAAUCAAAACAAGUUCUACAUGUGGAACACGCGAAAUGUUAGAGAUCCCACAAACUUCAACCAAAAAACAAAGGAGUUGUUGAGCCUACUCGCCAAAAAGGCAUCUGCGACUCCGAAACUGUAUGCAGUUGGACAGCUAGAGCUCGGAAAAUCGAGGAAGCUCUAUGGCUUGGCCCAAUGCACAAGGGACCUUUCUGGAAGUGACUGUUUCAAGUGUCUUGAUGGUAUAACUGGUGAACUUCCUCGCUGCUGUGAUGGGAAGGAAGGUGGAAGAGUUGUCGGAGGGAGUUGCAACAUAAGAUAUGAGAUUUAUCCGCUGUAA